GACCUCGAUGUUGGAGCGGCAUUUCUCAAUGGAAUAAUCGACCCUGUGGAAGUUGAUAGUCGCGAAGCUCGAAGGGUUCUUCGAAAAAUUGACAUGUUUCUACUUCCCAUACUCGCGUUUACUUAUAUGAUCCAGUUCCUGGAUAAGUCUUGUGUCUCAUAUUCCGCACUCUGGGGCAUGGUAGAAGAUGCUCAUCUGGCUAAUGACCAGUAUUCCUGGCUCACGACUAUCGGUCACAACUUCGCCGGUCUAGCUACAGCGCGUCUGUUCCUUGGCAUAUUGGAAGCUGGUUGGCUACUUCAGACCAUCAAAUUUUUCUUUUCUGUGGCUCACAUGGGUUGUAGAUCGGAACAACCUCUACGAACCUCCAUUUGGUUUUCCAUGAACGGCUUUGCAAACAUUCUCGGUGGUUUAAUAGCCUAUGAAAUCGGUCAUUUACAUGGUGCUCUUCCAGCGUGGAAAUUCCCAUUCAUAAACUUCGGCUCGAUAACCUUUGUUUGGGGUAUUAUCAUCAUACUUGUGGCUCGAUCGAAUCCGACAAAGGCCAAAUGGCGUUCAGGGAGGGAAAGGAUCUUGCGCGUUCUUGAGAACAAGACGGGCAUUGAUAACAAAACAUUCAAGAUGGAACAAGUGAAAGAGGCCCUGCUUGACCCUCGAUUCUGGUUGAUCAACUUGCAUUGUCUGGCAAACACCAUUCCAACGUGCGGCUCCUAUUUUGGAGCUGUGUCUGCAUUUGCCCCGCUUAUAGUCAAUGGAUUUGGAUUCACUAAAUUCGAGUCUACUUUGCUUGGUAUGCCAUCUGGCGCUUCACAAGUCCUGGCAUUAUGGAUUUCAGGUUACUUGGCCACCCGCCUCAAGGGCAUCCGGCAUUUCCUAAUGAUUGGCGGACUUUUAGUCGCCCUUCUUGGGGGAGUUUUAAUCUUCGCCCUCCCCGAGUCUAAUCGGGCUGGUCGCUUAAUGUGA